AUGCGCGAGAAAGUCGCCUCCGCUGAGGUGAAUUCUUCAGUAUUCGUCAAUCAAGAAAUGGACGAUAAUGCAGCGCUUGGGAAGCGGCCAGACUCUACGGAGAGCCUGCAAGACAUCGAUGCUGGAGACAAGAAGACAGCAAGCGCCGCCGGUGACAGGCGGCACGCGUGCGGGCAGUGCGGCUUUCCCCACUUCGAGACGCACACGGGCGAGAAGCAGUACGUGUACGCCGAGUGCGGCAAGGGCUUUGCGCACGACUUCAACUUGAACCUGCGAGUGAGGUCGCAUACGGACGAAAGGUCGUACGUUUGCGAGGAGUACGGGAAGGGUUCCGCGCAGGCCUGCAACUUGAACCUGCGAGUGAGGUCGCACACGGACGAGAGGCCGUACGUUUGCGAGGAGUGCGGGAAGAGUUUUCCCGGCUGCUCCGACAUGAAGAGGCACGCCAGGACGCACGCGGGCGAGAGAACGUACGUGUGCGACGAGUGCGGGCAGGGGUUCACGCAGGUGGACAGCUUGCACGUGCACGCAAGGAAGCACACGGGGGAGAGGCCGUACGUGUGCGCAGUGUGCGGCAAGGGGUUUGCUUUGCGUCGCCACCUUCAGCGGCACUCGGUGACUCACGGGGAGUGA